CAGCCUUUCCUGAGGCCUGCUGCUGCUGCUGCUGCAACCAGACUGUUCUGUUUCUCAGGAUACCAUCAAUUUUUCCCAAAACUUUCUCCGUCAUUAGAUCCUUCCACUAGAUUCCUCACACCGACCUGCAAGAUCUCUUGGCACAGGGUAUUUAUUUUUGAAAAUGACAUUGGACAAGGCAAUCACCCCUGAAGAGGUAACUACUUCUCUCAUCAUCUUGGUGAUAGUUUUUGUUUUUGUGAGAGCCCUCAUGAGUAAGCGGAGAAGGCAGGUAUCUCCUCCUGGCCCGUGGUCCUUCCCCCUCAUAGGAAAUCUUCUUCAGCUUGGAGACCAUCCUUUCCUGACAUUCACAGAGAUGAGGAAGAAAUAUGGAGACGUCUUUCUCGUCAAACUUGGCGUGGUGCCCGUCGUGGUGGUGAAUGGAAUGGAAAUGGUGAAGCACGUGCUCCUGAAGGACGGAGAGCAUUUUGCAGGCAGACCUAACAUGCACACGUUUUCUUUUCUGGCAGAGGGGAAGAGUUUUUCAUUUUCAGUCAAUUAUGGAGAGAGUUGGAAGCUUCAUAAGAAAAUAGCGUCCAGUGCUUUACGAACUUUUUCUAAAGCAGAAGCAAAAUCCUCCACCUGCUCUUGCUUGCUUGAGGAACAGGUCAUCGAGGAAGUCUCUGAGCUGGUGAAAGUCUUUGCAGAAUUAACUUCGAAAAAGGGUAGCUUUGAUCCCAGAAAUGCCAUCACCUGUGCAGUGGCCAAUGUUGUCUGUGCCCUUUGCUUUGGCAAGAGGUAUGACCAUAGUGAUGAGGAGUUUAUUAGGAUAGUUAAAACUAAUGAUGACUUACUCAAGGCCUCCAGUGUAGCUAAUCCCGCCGAUUUCAUACCAUGUUUUCGCUACCUUCCACUGCGGAUUAUAAAUGCUCCUCGAGUGUUUUAUCGGGCCCUGAAUGAGUUUAUUACACGACACGUACAAGAUCAUCUUACUACGUAUGAUAAGGACCAUAUGCGAGACAUUACUGAUGCUCUGAUUAAUACAUGCCAUAAAAAAUAUGCCACUACCAAAACAGCCACCUUAAAUGACGAUGAAAUCAUAAGCACCGUGAAUGACAUCUUUGGAGCUGGGUUUGAAACUGUAUCAACAUGCCUGUACUGGAGCUUUCUCUAUUUGAUACACUACCCAGAAAUUCAAGCCAGAAUUCAAGAAGAAAUUGAUGGAAACAUUGGUCUAAAGCCACCCAGAUUUGAGGACAGGAAAAUGUUACCCUACACUGAAGCUUUCAUAAAUGAAGUGUUCAGACAUGCCUCCUUUAUUCCUUUUACUAUUCCACAUUGUACCACAGCAGACACUACUCUGAAUGGCUAUUUCAUUCCCAAGAAUACGUGCACCUUUAUUAACAUGUAUCAAGUAAAUCAUGAUGAAACUAUCUGGGAUAAUCCCAAUGUAUUUAGUCCUGAGAGAUUUCUAAACGAAAACAGGGAACUGAAUAAGAGUCUUGUGGACAAGGUCCUGAUAUUUGGAAUGGGAAUCCGGAAGUGUCUGGGGGAAGACGUUGCUCGGAAUGAGGUAUUCCUUUUCAUCACCAUGGUUCUGCAACAGCUCAAGCUGAACAAAUGCCCCAGGGCCGAGCUGGACUUGACGCCCACGUAUGGCUUGGCCAUGAAGCCCAAACCGUACCAGCUCCAAGCAGAGCCCCGCUUCGCUGAUAGUGCCUCUUAGAUUCUCAGACUGGUGGCAGCUUUCCGAUGUAAGUCAGAAAUAUUAUGUGAUUCAUAUUCAUUUAAUAGGCAAUUUAAAGGUUGCACCCUAUGCUAUGCUAUUAGUUCAGUUCUCUUUUCUGUCAUCAUAAUAUAGGAAGUCUUUUUUAAAGUGUGGUGUAGCCUCAGUUCUAAUAUGAGAGAUCAAGUCUCCUAAGGUUAUUUUAAGAUAAUAAUAAAGUGUGAUGUCACUCAGGAAUUUUAAACCUAUGUCUCAUGUGAUGGUGACCCAGGGGCCUCUGUGAACAAGAAAGGAAAGAAAAAAUGAGUGGUGGAUUGGACAAGGAGGUUAGGAAGACCUGUCUUCCUUCCUUUAUACCAGCUUCAAAUAGAUGGGUAUGUUUUCAUUAGUUUUAAAUAUAAGGUUCACAAUAAGAACAAGGUUCUGAUGUUACAUAUGUAUUUUCCCAGUGAUCUAGGGGAAAGGUGCUGAAGGGGUCCAAAAAAGGGAGCUAGAGUGGCCUAGAAGAGCAGAGAACAUUUUGUGGUGGGGAUAGAUGAGCUGAGCUAAUUUUAUUUUUUUUAAAUAUAUUUUUAUUGAUUU